GAUGCCGCGACCGAGAAGCUGCCCGCCGCGGAGCGCAAGCGGCUGAAGAAGGAGGCCGAGGCCAAGGCCAAGGCAGAGGAAAAGGCGAAGAAGGCCGCGGAGCAGGCUGCCAAGACCGAGGCAGCGGGCGAGAAGCCGAAGAAGGAGAACAUGGAGGAUCUCGACCCGAGCAAGUACAGGGAGAACAGGAUGGCUGCGAUGAAGGCGUCGCCGGACCCGUACCCGCACAAAUGGGACGUGAAUGCUUCCAUCCCCGCCCUGAUCGAGAGGUACAGCGGCUUGGCCGCGGAGGAGAAGAAAGAGGACGUCAUCGUUUCCAUCGGCGGGCGCGUGAAGAACAAACGAGAGUCUGGAGCGAAACUGAUCUUUUAUACCCUCUUUGCCGAUGGAAGAAAGAUCCAGGUGAUGUGCCAGGCACAGUACCACGUGGGCGAUAAAUCUUUUGAGGAGACCCACAGAGGGAUCAAUCGGGGCGACAUCAUCGGUUGCAAAGGCUGCAUAGGAAAGUCGAAGACCGGAGAGCUGUCAGUCUUCCCCAGCGAAGUAAAGCUUCUGUCAAUGUGCAUGCACAUGCUUCCGAAGGAUCACCAAGGCCUGAAAGAUCAAGAGGUCAGGUAUCGCAAGCGGUAUUUGGACCUCAUGAUGAACGAGGACGUACGGAACACCUUUUACACAAGGUCCAAGAUAGUCAACUUCAUACGGCACUAUCUCGACUCUCGUGGCUUCCUUGAGGUUGAGACACCCAUGAUGAACAUGAUCGCCGGAGGAGCCACGGCCAAGCCUUUUAUCACUCACCACAACGACCUAAAUCUUGACCUCUUCAUGCGAGUCGCGCCCGAGCUCUAUCUCAAGAUGUGUGUAGUAGGUGGCCUGGAUCGUGUCUACGAGAUUGGCCGCAAUUUCCGCAACGAGGGUAUCGACAUGACACACAAUCCAGAGUUUACGGCAUGCGAGUUCUACAUGGCGUACGCUGACUACAACGAUUUGAUGGACAUGACAGAGGAGUUAUUUAGCGCCAUGGUCUUGAACAUCAAGGGGAGUUACAAGUUUCAGUUCCACCCCGAUGGUCCUGACGGCGAGGCAAUAGAGAUCGAUUUCACGCCCCCUUGGCCGCGUAUCCCGAUGGUGGAGGAGAUCGAGAAGAAGUCUGGUAUAAAGAUCAAUCGUGACUUCGAUUCCCCUGAAGCUGUCAAGGUUCUGGACGACUUGGUGACGAAGCUCGAGCUUGAAUGCCCUCCGCCGAGGUCGGCCGCGAGGCUGCUGGACAAGCUGUGCGGACACUACAUCGAGGACAACAUCGUGAGUCCAGCAUUCAUCACUGAGCAUCCUCAGAUCAUGAGUCCCUUGGCGAAGUGGCAUCGCAGCAAGCCGGGUGUGACGGAGCGCUUCGAGAUGUUUGUGAACACCAAGGAGAUUUGCAACGCCUACACGGAGCUGAACGAUCCUGUGAGGCAGCUGGCUUGCUUCACCGGACAGGCGUCGCAGAAGGACGCUGGAGACGAGGAGGCACAGGGCGUUGACCACGGAUUCGUGGAGGCGCUCGAGCACGGCUUGCCUCCCACUGGCGGCUGGGGCUGUGGCGUGGACAGGCUCACGAUGUUCCUCGCGGACAAGAACAACAUCACGGGCGCUCAGAUGGGCCGUUCUGCACCAAAACUGCCAGCAGCGAACUGGCAGGGCCUCUCAGCUUCAGCGCGGGGGCGCGCCGCGAGCAGCUCCGGCGAGGUCGUGUUCGACAUCUCGGACAUCACGGAGGGGCUGGAGCUCUACCCGGUCAGCCAGUACCCGGACGAGCGGGAGUUCUUGCUGCCCACGUGUUCGGUGCUCGAGGUG